AUGUCUUCUCCAGAAUGUCCCUUUUGCAAUAUCGCCAACACAAACCCACCUGUCAACUUGAAAGGCCUAGAACCUAUCGAAUCUAACUCCUUUGAACCCGCUAAAAAUACAGCUCACCUCAUCCUAUCCACAGAUCAUGUACUCGCAUUCUUAGAUAUUAUGCCACUCACCCGCGGCCAUGUUCUUGUGAUAUCACGAAAACAUUAUGAGAUGUUGGGUGAUAUGGGAGUUGAAGCUGGACAGGAGAUUGGGAAAUGGCUUCCUGUUCUGUCCCGUGUUAUGACGAAGACGGUGUUCGGUGACGAUUCAGAUAGACAUUGGAAUGUCCUCCAAAACAACGGCGCCAGAGCUGCACAGGUAGUCCCUCAUGUGCACUUCCAUUUAAUUCCACGCCCCAAAACGGACGACGCGCACAAGUCGAGUUUCGUUAUGUUCGGCCGUGGACAGCGCCAAGACCUCGACGAUGAUGAAGCUGAGGUUUUGGUCCGUGCUAUGAGGGUUGAACUGGUCAAGGAGAUAAGUCGCAUCAAAAGAGACGAGGGUGUAGACCUCAUGUCUGACUUGAAGCGAGGUAAAUUAUGA